CUUCUUUUCACAGCCUUCAAACGGUUGAAGAUCCAUUGGCAAACCGAGCCCUUCAUCACCGGCAGCAUAUCCAACUCCGGCGAAGACUCACUUUCAGAGCCAAUAUCAACGGCUCUUCCCCACUCUGGCAGUGACAUCUCGUCCCCAUUCCUGCAACAGCAUCUCCAACAAGGUCGAAAACUCCUUAAGUAUUUCCAGAGUUGACUACAAUGGCCUAAUUGGGCAAGGAACAGCAAAAACACAUUGCCUACAAUUGUUCUAAGUAUAUGACCAAAGACUAAAGUGACCCUGGACCCCUGAGUUUGGCCAAGUUGAUUCCCAGUCCGCAUCUGAAAACAUAGGAAGUAGGUAGUGAAAGAGUGGUAAGCCACUGACCAUAAAUCACCCCAAAUUCCCCCCGCAACAGAUCUGAGCUCAUAUUCUCCUUUCUUCCUUCCUCCACAUUAGCAAAUUCUACUUCAUCUUGGUGGGUUUUUUACCUUUCAUUUUCCAAUUUUAAUCUCUAACCCCCCCUAACAAAAAAACCCACCCCUAACCCAAAAAAAGUUUAAUUAAGCAGUAGUAUUUAUGAAAUGGAGCUCUUUGUGGCGGUAAUUGUGAAUCGCAAACAGGGAGAAGAAGUCAAAACAAGCAACUCUUCCGGAUUCGUAAUUUGAUAGUUUGGGGCGUUGAAAUUAAGAAAAGUCUGGUUAUUGCCGUCGUCGUCAGAGAAAGCACUAAGCAGCAGAGCAGCUUGGGGUUAAUUGAAUUAGAAUUGAUAAAAAUGUCUCUAAGAAUAAAGGCGGUGGUGGACAAAUUUGUGCACGAGCUAAAGGAGGCUCUGGACGCGGACAUACAGGACCGACUCAUGAAAGAGAGGGAGAUGCAGAGUUACAUUGAGGAGCGGGAACGCGAGGUCGCCGAGCGUGAAGCCGCUUGGAAGGCCGAACUCUCUCGUCGUGAGGCGGAGAUUGCCCGGCAAGAAGCUAGAUUAAAACUGGAAAGAGAAAACCUUGAGAAAGAGAAAAGUGUGCUGAUGGGAACUGCAUCAAAUCAAGAUAAUCAAGAUGGAGCUCUUGAAAUUACAGUUAGUGGAGAGAAAUAUCGCUGCCUUAGGUUUGCUAAAGCAAAGAAGUAGUAUUCUAGGGGUUUAGGUUUAUGAAAUACAUUAAUCUUGUACAUCUACGGUUUGUAAAUGUUCAACCAAGGAUACGAAAAUGCUUGAUAAAGGCCAAGUUUCAUUAUUUUCUCGUCUGACAGUUGAUCUCUCUGAUGAGAGUAACGCCACUUGGAAUUACGUUUGUUGUUAAGCUGUUUCUUUUGCUGUGAAGGACAUUGACGAUCGUUAUUCUGAACAAAGUAAAUAUUUCUUUUUA